AUGGCUGCUCUUCUUAUCGCCCUUGUCGUCCUUCUUAUCAUCGCUCUUCUUUGCAUCGUCGCCCUCUACUUCAUGCGCUGGAGAAAGCGUUCUAUCCACGCCGACUCUCUUUCUUUUGAUGACGAGGAGAAGUCGUCAGCAUCACCUGCGUCGCGUCAACACCGUGUCACAGUCCGCCCUCACGAAUCCAUCAUCGUCUACCAGGAGAAGCAAAGCCUGAUCGACAACUCUGAAGCUCCGCCAUCGACCAAUUCGGUGCCAGAAAUUCGCAUCCAUUUCCCUGAGGAGGUCGACAACUCUGGCAAGCGCCAGUCUGGCAGAGUCGUUGUUGUGCGGGUUGGUGACCACAGCAUUGGUCUCGAGCCCGUUUCUGAAAACCUUCCUCCUUACCAGAAGAGCGAGUCGGAUCGUUUCCAAUCCCUUGAUCUGGAGAGGAUAGGUGGUCUCAAGGAGAAGAGCGUCGGGGCUCGCUACCAAUAG